AUGAAUCAAAUUAGCGAGAGAAGCAAAACUUUGGAAGAAAACAAGGAGAAAAAGAAAAUCCACUGCGCCAUCCCGAAAUUUAUAUUGAACAAUGAGCUGUUGCAGAAGGCUAUCAAAAAGUGCUUCCCAGAAAAUUACAAUUUCGAAAUAUAUAAAUGCAUUGACAUUAUCCUAAGGGAGAAGUUUAAGAACAUCGUGCUACAAUUACCUGAGGGCUUGUUGAUUUGGGGAUUGUACAUUUCUGAAAUUUUAUAUUUUUUUUGUGACUGUGUAGAAGACGUUAUUAUCUUGGGGGAUGUGACCUAUGGUGGAUGUUGUAUUGAUGAUUACACAAGUGAGAAGCUGAAGUGUGAUUUGAUCAUUCACUAUGGGCAUUCCUGUUUGGUUCCCUUGACUGUAACGAAAGUACGAUGCAUUUACGUCUUUGUGGAUAUAAAAUUAAACUCUUCCCAUUUGGUACAGACAAUAAAAAAGAAUUUCAAAAAGAGGGACAUUGUUUUACUUCUUGGCACAAUACAAUUUUCUUGCCUUGUACACAAUGUGCAUGAUAUUUUAAAGAAAGAAAAUUACUUUGACCUUUUCUUGCCCAUCCCACAAGUUCUUCCCUUAACCAAGGGAGAGGUACUCGGGUGUACAUCCCCCAAUUUGUAUCGCUUUCUCCAUGAGCACGUUGUGACGAAAGGGGAACGAGAGGUGGAUGUGGAGAAGGAGGUGGAGCCCAGUCAAAAUGGCAAUUCACUAGGCGGGGAAGCACAAGGGGAGAAAUACCCAUCUGGGGAUAUCCCCCCAAAAGAUGACAAUGACAACCAUCACAGCGAACAAUUCAUCAUAAACGAGUGCAAAAGAUUUUUACAAAAAAAUCAAGUCAAAAUUGUCUUCAUAGCAGAUGGGAGGUUUCAUUUGGAAAGCUUGAUGAUACACAACCCUGAUUUCACCUUCUACAGAUAUAAUCCAUUUAACAAAGUAAUAACAGCGGAAAAAUAUAACUACUCCCUUUUUCACCAAAUACGAAAAAAUGAAAUAAAAAAAAGCACCAACUGCAAAAGUGUGUGCAUUAUUUUAAGUACUUUGGGAAGACAGGGAAACGUGAACAUUUUACAAAACAUUUUAAAUCUUGUCAAGCAAAAAAAUAUAUAUUUUUUUAUCCUUUUAUUGUCAGAAAUAUUUAAUGAAAAAUUAGCCUUGUUCAAAAAUGUCGACGUCUUUAUUCAAAUAGGUUGUCCAAGGUUGUCCAUCGACUGGGGGAAUUAUAACUCCAAACCUCUCUUAAAUAGUUAUGAAGCUUAUGUUUUCUUGCAAGCAGUUAAAUAUAGAGACAUAUACCCCAUGGAUUACUACGCCAACUUGGGGAACGUGUGGACCAAUUACAAUGCUGGGAUUGGGGAUUCGAGUGAGAAAAACCUAUCCAUGCGGGAGAUCAUUCGUCGGCGCAUUCAGCUACGAAAAAGCAAAAUUAGCAUUCGAUAUCAGUAG